ACCUGGUCGAUAGCCCUGUGUGAAUGUGAAAAGGAAAAAUUUUUCUUCAACCUUCGCCGAGUGUAAAAUUCGUAUUCCUCUUGUCUUGUUGCAAAUUGAAUAAAAUAAUUCUUUUUUAUUUUUAAAACAAAACACGAAAUACCAAAAUAAUGGCAUCGCUUUCUGGUCGUAUUGCCCUCCGUGCAGCUGCUCUCCGUAACAAUGUCACCUACACUCCAGUUCGCUUCUGCAAAAUGAUGAGCGAUCCAAUGGAACACGCUACCGGUAUUGAGAAGCGUGAACUUUUGGCCAAAGCCGCCGGUAACGAUGACCCCUUCGACAUGAAAGUCUUCAAACGUGGAGCUGGUACCAAGGAUACACCAAAUCUGAUUCCAUCUGCCUUCGAUGCCCGUAUCGUUGGAUGUAUUUGCACUGAAGAUCAAACAUAUGUCCAAUGGAUGUGGCUGCAAAAGGGUACACAGAAACGUUGCGAAUGUGGCCAUUGGUUCAAAUUGGUCGAGAAGGCACCUUUAUAAAUUAGGAAAAUCUAUCUUCUAUGCCAGUUAAUAACAAAAAUAUAAAAAUAAACAUCGCCUCCCAGCAAACAACAACAACAGCAACUACUUUCCUAGUUUAUCUUAAUAAUUAUUUUGUUGAAGUAUUUAAAUUAAAAUAUUGAAGAUGAGAAAUACAACAAAACAACAAUUAACAGAAUUAAUUGUUGGUUAAAAACGAAAACAAAAGAGAGAACAAAAA